GUGUCAAUUUUUCUUUUGCUAGAAACUAAGAAAAUUUUAAAUAGAACUUGUGUAAUAUGAAAUAAAUUCGUGGACUGACAUAAUUAUGCGAUAAUAUUUAUUUGGUGAUAUUGAGUUUUUCAAUUUUCAGGGAAGUAUAAUAGGCGACGAUAUGCCAGUACGCGAGGGUGCGGGGAAAUCGCUGGUGGGGGCAAUCGACGAUGGAACCAAAACUGUUAGAUUUGUUAUAUACGAAGCCGAAAGGUCGGAAGAGUUGGCGGCCCACCAGCUCGACAAAACUGAAUUACAGCCCCAGGAGGGAUGGUGUGAACAAGAUCCUAUGGAGAUCAUACAUCAUAUACGGGUCUGCGCUGAGAAUGCUAUAGAUCAGCUGACUGAAUUAGGUUAUUCAAAAGAAGACAUAGUAACAUUAGGUAUAACAAAUCAAAGAGAGACCACAAUAGCUUGGGACAAAUUCACUGGCGAACCACUCCAUCCUGCUAUAGCCUGGCAUGACAUACGCACAGACAGCACAGUGGACGCCAUUCUGGCGAAAGUGCCAGACCGCAAUAAGAACUAUUUGAAGAACAUUAGCGGCCUGCCAAUAAGCCCAUACUUUAGUGCGUUGAAAAUGCGCUGGCUUAAGGAUAAUGUGAAGGCUGUUAGACGGGCCAGUAGGGAUAAACGGUUGCUGUUUGGUACCGUCGAUUCGUGGAUAAUCUGGAAUUUAACAGGUGGUCCUCAUGGAGGUCUUCAUAUCACAGAUGUAACAAACGCGUCUAGAACUCUAUUAAUGAAUUUGGAGACACUUAACUGGGAUCCCAUGCUGUGUAGACUAUUUGGCGUACAUCGAGAUUCGUUGCCACAAAUAAGGAGCAGUUCGGAAAUAUAUGGAAUCGUUAAGGAUGGUUCAAUUUUAGACGGAAUUAGGAUAUCUGGGGUACUAGGCAACCAGCAAGCUGCGCUCGUAGGUCAGAACUGUCUACAAGCUGGACAAGCCAAAAACACAUACAGAAGUGGAUGUUUCCUGCUAUACAAUACGGGGACUAGACGGGUGCAAUCCACCCAUGGGUUGCUAACUACAGUCGCGUAUAGACUGGGGCCGAAUGCACCGCCUGUUUAUGCUUUGGAAGGAUCGAUUGCCGUAGCCGGGGGUGCGAUGAAGUUCCUCCGGGACAACCUUCGUCUCAUACAAGAUGUGUCCCGGGACACGGAGCACAUAGCGGGGCAGGUGUUUUCAACGGGCGAUGUGUACUUUGUGCCAGCUCUAAGCGGCUUGUAUGCACCGUAUUGGAGGAAAGACGCUAGAGGAAUUAUAUGCGGUCUAACGGCUUUCACAACGAAGAAUCACAUCAUCCGAGCCGCAUUGGAGGCUGUGUGCUUUCAGACUAGGGAUAUUCUAGAAGCAAUGAACAAAGACUGCGGUAUGCCGCUGUCCAAAUUAAGCGUGGAUGGAAAGAUGACAUCCAACGAUUUACUGAUGCAGUUACAAGCUGACCUGAUUGGUAUACCUGUGUUGCGAGCGCACACGUGGGACAUGUCCGCUCUGGGCGUGGCCAUCAUGGCGGGCCACUCGGCCGGCGUGUGGAGCUGCGACAAGUGGAAACGGCAUAGUACAGCCACAGAUACCUUCCUGCCGACCACCACGGAUGAUGAUCGCGACGCGCGGUAUACGAAAUGGAAAAUGGCGGUGCAACGGUCGCUCGGCUGGGCUACAACCAAGAAGUCCAUCGCUAUGACAGGUCAGAAAAGAAAAAAUAGCACCAUACAAAGUGUUGACACUAUAUCCCCGCCUUCCAGCCGUAAAGCUUCCGUAGACACGGCCAUAGACAAGUCCACAGAGGACGAAAUAGACGAAAUCAUACAACAAUCAGCCAGAAAGUUCUCGAUUUUCGUCCCCCUAAAAUCUCCCAAAGACGAACAUACAAUACUAGAUGAUGCAGAGUAUUUCAUGAACAAAAAGGAAUGCGAUUAUGGCGGCUGUCAGUGCUGCCAACAUAAGAGAAAAUUACAAACAGACUGGACUACGAUCGAAGAAAUCAUUGAAAACGAUCCAGAAAUUAUUUUUGAUGGCGACGAUAAUCCUAUUAUAGUUGAACCGAAACGCGAAUUGCACAUGGACUCUGGGAUCUUGAAACUGAAAAGUCGACUGCAUUUUGACAGAUUGCCCGCCAUUUUUAAAAAUAUAGUCAGCAAACUGUCACCUACGUCAGUGACGUGAUGAUUUUUUUUAUUGCCACGAGGCUAAAGCGCUAAGACAAUGUUGCUAGUAUUAUUUUUUUUAUUUUACUUUUUAUUUAUUUUUAGUAUUGAAAUUUUUAGUCAAUGUAAACUAGUACUUAACCAUAAUAUAAGACUGGUACUAACUCGAGUUAAAUAAAAGUAUUAUUUUGCCA